CCCGUGACGCUGUGUAAUCCUGGGGCGUGUCUGUGCCCGCAGACGGUGCAGUAUCUGAAGCGGUGCCAUUUGGAGGUGGGGAUGAAGAACAAUGUGAAGUACGAGCUCACCAAAGAGAUCGUGUGUCGCCAGCUGCUGAGGAGGCUUGGGGUGUUUGUGCCUCCUCACGCCCUGAGGUUGCCCGAUGAGCCUAUCACCCGGUGGGGGGAGUACUGGUGUGAGGUCACGGUGAACGGCCUCGAAACCGUCCGCAUCCCCAUGUCCGUGGUCAACUUCAUGAAGCCCAAGACGCGCGCAUACAAGAACUGGCUGAAGAAGGAGCAAGCAGAAUCCCAGGAUUCCAAUCCGGAUGAGACUGGGAAAGAGGACUCUUGAUUGGGAUGGUGGGUGGG